AUGCUCUGCGGCGUUGGCGUCACGGUCGUGGUGGGGCUUUGGUUGCGCAUGCGUCGUGGGUUCGGUAGGCGCUGACGGGAACUAGAUGCGGGGAAGAAGUGGGGGAAGGCUGAAGCCGUGGACGAAGGUGAGCGCCUGGAGUCCGUAUGGAUGGGCGGGCGGGCGAGCGGGCAGGCAAGAGGGACGGGUUGCUGGUGGGUGGAGACAAGAGGGGAGCAGGCAAGGGGGUUUGUGUGGAGAGAGGAGGAGGAGGAAAAAGCAGCAGCAGGCGGGGACCCCCGAGAACAGGCGUCCUGUUUGCGUGUGUGGAUGGACGGAGUGGCUGAGGGUCAGCCCCCCCCCCCGAUGUGGGUGGCCGACUGAGGGCCGGAGCCUUAAAAGAAUUGCCCCCCCCACGCCCAGGUGAAGGCAGGUGGAAGAGAGGUGGCCAUAAAUCAGGUGGGGGGGCGCGCUGACGGGUCACAUGACGUAGAUCUGGUUUGGGGAGACGGUUAGGAAUCCCCGCACCUUUCGCCUUUCCUCCCCCCCUGCGAAAUUAAGGUCUUGUUCUCGGGCUGGCCGUCAGGGAAACGCUGCCACUGUAGUAGGAGAGACACUUCUUUCGGUGAAGCAAAACUGUUAUGCCUGAUAGCAGAUCAUCUGGUCUAAAUGGAAGCCGACAGAGAGGGUGUCAGCGUUGUAUCUGCUUCUUCCUCUUCCGAAACUCAACAGGCUAAGAAGGUGGUCACCAAGGUCUGGACUAGUUUAUCCUUUAUUGAUGAGGCUCACAUGUCUUGUCAUGCCUUUGUGAUGGCCAACUAAAAUUCACAAAGUAGCGAGCAAGCUUUUGCAUCCUCCAGAAAAAGUGUUCUUCAGGCUAGCUUUUACCAAAGUGGACAAGGAAAACGGUGUGAGGGGGGAGGGAGACGUAUUAUUUUAAAAGUCCCCAAAUCUGUAGUUUGUAAGAUGGAGGGUCAGGAAGGGUUAUGCAUGUUUAAUUAUAUCAGAAUGUUUUUCAGCUAGUACUUUCUAAUCUAAUUAAACUCUGAAUAAUGUUAUUAAACUACAAUGGAUUUUGGAUUCCCCCUCCACACAUCAACAGAGCAAUCCAUAGGUAAGGGGGGGGGAGGACAGUUAAAUGUAUGACCAGCUAUAAAUAGGUAACCCAAUUUUCCUACUAUUGACUUCUUUUGCCCUGCUCCUUUAAAUAAGUGUGUGCUAACUAGUUUGUAUUAUUGAGAAUAUUAUGUAGAGGAGACUAGAGUGAUAUUUUGUAUGGGAUACCUUUAAACAGAAAUGGAUUUUUAGCAUUUCAUAAGGGAAAUAUCUGUUGUUGUAACAAGGGCACGUGUAACCUAGAAUAAUUCUAUUGCAUUCACAUAUGUCCCACUUGAUGGCACUGUCAGGUGUCGCUUGACAUAGAACAUCGUGUGCAGUGCUUUUCUCUUUCCUCUAAUUAUCUCCCCCCUGUUUCUGAAGCUUUUGUGUCCCUCUAUUAAUGCUUUCCUCUUCUAACAUGUUUAUAUCCUAUCCAAUUUUUCUAGAAGGGUGUAUGGAGAAACAAGGUUUCAAUUAAUACAACAGUCCAUAAAGCAAAAUCUUCUAUUCCUUUAGCACUGUUCUGUGCACAGGGCUGUCCCAAAUGCAUAUGCGGAUCAUUGUGUACUUGUGCUGUGAGGCAGGUUUUGUUUUGUCUGCCCCUCUCCCAACCAAAUUCCUGUUUGUACAUAACUACUUUGCUUGCCUAGGCUUUCCUCCCUUUUUGUGCCCUCCAUUCACUAUAAUGACACUCUGAGAUAUCGCUAAUCCUAUUACAAGUAUGUAGCUUGAGGUUUAGAACUUGCCAGAAUUGUCCCCACAUUAUGAAUUCUAAUCAGUCUACUGGAAGAAAAAAAAUCCAGAUCAAGGAUAUUGAAUCUCAGAAGCUGUUGCUUCAUCUGAGUUUCAUUAUCUUAAGUUACACUGAUUACCUAAACUAAUGCCAGGUGCUGUUUUAGAUUCCCGUUUCAUUUUAUAAAAAGGGCAUGCUCCUUCAUCUGGAGUGAUACCAGUAUUUUUUAAUAUUUCAUUGAAAGAUUAAUUGUUGUGCUUUGAUGACUCACAGGACCACACUGCAGUUUUCUGACUCAUUUUCCCCCCUCAAAGCAUUCAUGAUUAGAUUUGUUUGUUUGUUUCCUUGCAUGUUCCCUGUUCAUUUUUUUGUUUCCCUUUCUUUCAACUUUUCUAGUUCUCAGUCCUGUAAUGUGAUCUGUUUUCUCCUUUGAAGUAGCUGAUUGCUUGCAAGUGACCAAAUCAUGUGAUCUUUCAGUUCUAACAGACCGACCCUAUGCCUGUUUAUCCAGUAAUAAGUCCUAGUGAGUUCAGCUGGACUUGCUGUUAAAUUAACUGUAUCAUAACAGCUGUUCUUUAUUCUUUGUGACUUACUUCCAAGUAAAUGUAGACUUGCUAUGCUACAUGCAGCUAGGCUGCAGUCCUAAUCCCACUUAAAUGGGAGUAUGCCCUACUAAAUUCAAUUGUACUUACUUCUGAGUAGACCUGGUUAGAUUUGGGACUAAGCUCAUAGAACCCAAUAGGAUUUAUUUUUGAGUAACCAUGCAUGGAAGUGUUCUGUAUUGAUGUAUUCCUUGCCUUAAGAGCUGCUUACGAUAGAAUCUAGUGUUGUGCACUCUCACAAUGCAACUUGCCCGUCCUCUUUUCUCCACUGCGCCCCCUACACUAAACUGCUCUGGAGGGUUAGGGGAUGCUCUUAAGCAGAUUUGGAACUCAUAGUGGACUGCAGGGGCAAUGGGAGGAAGGGGAGGUGUCUCUUGGCACAAGUGAAGCUUGUUCCACUUGUAAAUGCACAGCAUUGGGCUCAACUCUGUGCCUUGGAUAAGGGUCAAUUUCAGGGGUUCCUAGAAUUAGAAUAAACAAAGGCUUUUAUAAAGGUCCUUAAGUAAGAAAACUAGAGAAGUGAAAACGCAUUGGAGUCCGAGGGACACAAACGUCUGAGUUUAUGUGAGAAAGUUCUUCUGAAGUGGUGUAUUUUUGGUAUUUCCAAAAUACCAAGGAUAGUUGAUUUUCAGCAAUUGCUGUAGUUCCUUUUGAUUACAGAAUUACAACUUUCUGUUUAAUUAUCCCAUGUUUUGCUUUGCAACAGUCUAUUAUAGUGAUGUGUAAGGCAAUAUAUUUUUGUCCAGGUAACAAGGCAAAAAGUAAUGUAAUGUUUGGGACUGAACAUCCGUGAGUCAUUGAAGGUGCCAAAAGUCUCUUUGCAGGAGUUAGGGAUGUUUGACUUUCAGCAUUUCUCACUUGGGGACAUGUUACAUGUGGGAUUCUGUAGAGUUAAAUAUGAAAACAUGUUCAGCAAUCCACAUUGCUUGUGUCCCUUUAAAACUUCAUACAAAAUCCCUUAUGCACUGUAACUAGCAUAUUGCUUUAAUAAACCCUCAGGAAAAAAUAUUCAUUUAACAAAUCAAACCACAACAGAUGUUCUCCUGAUCCUACCCUUACCUCUCUUAUCUGUUACUGCCCUGUUGCAGGUGUGUAUGCUUUACCUAGAAUUGGCAUUAAUUCUUCAAGUUAAUAUUUGAUUUCUGAAUGGGGAGGAGCUCUUCUUAGCUUCUACUAAACAAUAGAGAAGUAGACAUUCAUGACAGAUGGGAUAAGAAUAGGUAUAAGGAGUGGCCUUAACACUUCCUUCAGUUGACAUAACCUUCCCUUUUUCACCAUACUACGUAGCUUGAGUUUUUACAAAUUCCACGUGUCAUGUUGAACAGCUUUUAUCGUUUGCAUGGGCCUAGCUCACUCAAGGAAACACCUAAAGACUAAGGGCUAUUAAAAUGUUAAUCUAUAGUGAAUCAGUUGCUUCCCUCUCAUGUCUAUAUUUUAAUACCUUUUUAAGAUCUAUACGAGGUAUUUUUAAGGAAAUAUUUCAUAUUUCUUUUUUAAAAAAAAACUUACUAUCCUUAAAUCAUCUUCUAAUAAACUAACUGGAAAAUUACAUAAAAUGGCUACAGAAUCUAAACCACCAGCAGCUUUAUAACAUCAAUCGUUUUUGCUUUCACAAACAUUGUUCGUGUUCUGGUUCCCCUGGCAUCAGGCAAAUCAGUUGUGACUUUAUUUCUGUAUUUAUUGCUCUAUUACUAAUGUGUUUUAUAUGUUUGUCUUGGCCAUUCUUUCAUUAACAUUUUUUGGUCACAUUUACAAAUGUUUGAAAUAAUUUUGGAUUCUGCUAAUAAAUUGUCAAGCGUUGCUCUUUAAAAAAAAUAGAAUCUCUUCAAUUCUUCAGCAAAAUAACCUCUAUAGUGAACUCCAAAACAUAUCUUAUACAUUCCUUGAUAACUCCUGGAAGAUAUUUCCAAUAUAUUGUAUUACUUUGUCACCAAAUAUUUAAGAAUUCUGCAUUGCUAGUAUGUAGCACUAAUUUUGUUGCAUUCUAGGAUCUCCCCUCCCGCAUUCUGAAAGUGUAGCAAGAAUGAAAGAACUUAAUAUUUGGUACUCUUUGCUUAAAAUGUGUCUCAAAGUUCUCUUGAUUGAAAGAUACUCAUCACAUGACAGGGCCUUGUCGGCAGUCUCGGUAGGCAGAGUCCUUGCUGGAGCUCUUGUAAUGCCACUUGUUAUUCUUUGUUUAAUAAAGUUGGUUUACUUUGGGUUUACCUCUUGGUUAAAUAAUAUGUUUAUAGCAGUACUGCAGACUAUGCUGCCAAACUAUUUCAGAUAAUUAUGAGUUGCCCUGGGCUCUUGUUCACCUGAAUAAAAUGUCAUUGCAGAAGUGCAUUUAGGUAUGUGAUGGCACUUAAAUAGGUAGGAACACACUGGGUAAUAAAUAACCAACUAAGUCAUAUUUAGGUAGACCUAAACUGAGUGAUUAUCACUAACAUUGGAUAUCACCUGUUGACAUUAAUGUCCAGCCAUGUGAAGGAUUUUUAAUGGAGUGACCUGAUAUUUAUCUUUGUAGAGAGUUGAGAUAGCAUUAAUAUUGUUCCCUUGUUUUUUCAGCUCUGAAAAGCAGCACUAAAUGUUUAAUAGACUUAUGAAAACCAUCAAUAUUUUUUUUACAGGUAGAAGCUUAAUAGAACAGCUCUGCUUGAGAAGGGAGUUUAGUUUAGUAUAAGACUGACACCUUUAUUCUAUAAACCCUAGAUGUCUGGCUUGGUUCCCAUAACUUAGUCUCCUCCUUCCUUGCAUCCCAAUUUAUGGCCCCUUUCUGGUCACCAGGUGUGAUUCAUCCACCCUCUUUUGCAACUUUCCUUUAGCAGAGCUGUGUUUGCCUGAAUCUCUUCCUCUUUGUCAGGUCUUGAAAGCAGUUGCUAAGGAAUGCUCCAUAGCAACCAAAGGCAGGAAAAACCUGCCCACCUAGUUCAGUUUAUUUAAUAGUCAGCUAUUUAUGAAUAAGUUUAGUGAGCUGUGCAGGGGUGGGAGGGAAUAGGUAGGAGGAGUGGGCUGGUGAUCAUGCAACACAUUAGACAUGGCUGCCUAUUAUUUUAGAGGAGAAAGAAAUUCUCACAUAACUGCCUUUAUUACCUUAGUCUGUAAAGGACCUUGGCAAUAUGACUUUCUCUGAUACAUAUUGUCUUUCACAUUCCAUGUUGGAGUACUCUGAUGGAGUACUCUUGUCUGUGACAAUGGAUUUGUUAGUCUGCAAUCCUAACUCCACAAACCUGGGAGUAAGCCUCACUGAAUUCUGUAAGACUUACUUCUGAGUAGACACCUGAGUAGUGUAUCUAUUUAGAUAUACUAUCCUCUGCAAAAGUCACAGGGCAGUUUAUAACAGGCAAAUUAAUAAUGCAAUGCAUAAAAUCCAUAAAAUAACACAAUCCACAUAAGCACAUAACAAAUCACUGUAGUGCAAUUGCUAAUAGCAGCAGCAAUCAGGUCCUUCCCUCUUCAGGCACCUGCUAAAAAAGGUGCAGCUGAACUAUCUGCCAAAGGUGAGGCCAAAUGCACCUUGAUAGGGAGGGAGCUCAACAUAAAAGGAGCUGCCACUGCAAAUGCCUUUUUCCACAUACCUUGUCCUGAGAAGAGAGCACCACGAGGACUCAUCUGCUGAUCUUGAAACAUGGGCAAGCUAUUAUUCAAGAAGGCAUUCUUGCAGAUAUCUGUGUCCCAAGCUGUUUAGAGCUUGCCUGGUGCCCUCAUUACAUAUCUUUAUGGGCCAGGCAAAAACAUUUCUCUAUAACCAGGCCAUUGACUGAUUAACAUUCCAUGGCCUUUUAAAUGUGUGUGUGGGAUGGGGAUUAUGGAUUUGUUGUUUGGUUUGUGUUUUAUUAUGUAUUUUGCGCUCUCAUUUUGUAUUUCUAUGCUAUGAUCUUCAGAUGAAAGGCAGUAUACAAAUUUUAGUAAUAAAUAUGAUAAUAGAUCUUCAUAGGAGUGAAAAAGUGUCUCUGUAUAUGAAUUAGGACUGAGACAAAAAUUUCCAUCCAACAUUGGUUUAAUUUUCUGCAGGUUUUUUAAAAAAAACAUUUAGAAUGAUGUUUCCAACAGUCACCUCAAAACUUUAGAUAGUUUUCUUCCAUGUUGUAGAUAUUGCUCAGGAACCAUGCAGGCAGCCCUAAAAUGCAGCAGAGGCAGGGAUUAGUAGAAUGCUGCAAAAUUGAUUUAUGAACAUGAUAGUCUAGGCAGCCUUGGACUACCAUAUUAUUUAUAAUAAUUUAUGUAGUUCUUUGAACAUAUAGGGUGCUCUAGAAUUUUUUUCUCAUUCUUGCCUUGGAAUAGUUCCUUGAGAUUUCCUGGUCUGAAAAAUGGGAAUCAAGCCCAAGAGUAACUAGGCCACCGUACAAAUCCCUUAGUGACCAAGAGGUCUUCCAGUGUAACAACAUUUUGAUAUUAUAUUCAAGUUGUGAGGAAAUGCAACUUCUCAAGAAAGUGAUUUUCACUUCUUGCUGCUACUCAGAGUGAAAGUGACAGGUGAGAAAACUGUAUCGAGAAAGUGUGUUCAAGUAUUGAGAAACUUGAACAGGUUUUCAAAUUUAGAAACAAAAGAAUUGUCACUGCUCAUCUUUGUGAAGGUCUGUUUGACUUGUUUCUUGCAGUAGCCUCCAACGUGGAGAUUCUGAACCAUUUCAGUCCCGGCAAUGUCUGCUUUUGCUUGGGAAAAGCAACAAGCAGUGAACCUCUGAGGCCUACUGUGUCAGGUUUGUAUUUAUAUUUGAUAGUAAACACCAGUAAUGGGGAACUGUUGGGCCCCCAGGUGAUGUAGGACUGCACCUCCCAUAAUUCCUAGCCAUUGGUUGCAACUGUUGGGUGCUGAAGUCCAGCAGUGUAUGGAGGGCCACAGGUUUCCACCCCUGGCAUAUACCAACUACCAACUACUAGCUGUCAAGGAAAACCUGUGUAGCGGACAUCAUGUAUUAUUUUUACAGAGACAGUCAAUGGUGUUAACAUUUCUCUGGAAAGGUUGGAGUUGAAAAUCUGAAGGCAGACCUGUAUCAGGGAAUUUUUAAUGUCUAAUGUUUUACAUUGUUUGUGUGCUAUAAGCCGCCCAGAAUGGCUGGGGAGACCCAGACAGAUGGGCGGGGUAUUAUUAUUAUUAUUAUUAUUAUUAUUAUUAAAUGGACAUAAAGUGUCAUGGUGACUCCCUUAGCUAGACUUGUGUAGCUGAAUCGUUAAAUUAAAUGCUAUUAUAUCCUGCUUGUCAAUACUUCCAUCUUCAUGCUUUAAUUAUAGGAAGCUGUACUCAUUCUGUUACUUUUAAUUUAAAGCUUAACAUUUAGACCUGCCCCAUAAUGCUGGAAAACUACACCAGUGUCAGUUUAAGUGCUAGGACAAACAUAAUGCAAGAUCAGACAUAAUCUGUGCUAGGACAAACAUAUACAUGUAGACCCUGCUAUCUGUUCACUUGCUAUCUUAAAAUCACUUAUCUGCAUAUAAAGAAUUAUGCCCAAACUUCAUUAUUUGCACUGCAGACUCAGAUAUCCGAACAUUUGGCUUCCUUAUUUCCUUGUUUGUGCUUUGCUGGCUGGAGGCAGCCUUUUCAGACAGAAACCAUGGACAGAGGGAGAUGGGAGCAGGAGAGAUUGGAUAAAUUAGUUAGUUUGUUUGUUUGUUUUUAUUUGUCUCUCUUUUGCUGAUGGACUGCAGCCAUUUCAGGAAGAAACCGUGGAGAGAUGGGGGAAGGAGAUCAUACACAUCCUGCAUUAGAAAUAUUUCAAAAUAAAAAUAAAAAUUAAGAUUAUAAUUUGGAAGACAAUUGGACUUUUUUAUUUUAGUUUUUUUUUUAUUUGAUUUGAUAUCUUAAUUAGAUGUUCUUAUUGGGAAAUUAAUAAAUGCUUUAAAAAAAUAUAUUUCCAAAAGAAAUAAUGUAAAUCGUGGACUUGUUAUGCGAACUCUCGCCUAACAAACGGUUUCCCGGGAACACAUUGCUUUUGAUAAGUAGGGCCUGCAUGUAUAUAUUACACUAACCAAGAUGCAAACAUGCCCAGGGUUAUUCUGUAAAGAUAGCUGAGCAGACAUUUGAAUUCCAAUACUUCAUUUCCUACACUUGAAUGGCUUCCUUUAUGUGUUGACUCCUGACAUAGAGUUACUCUUGGAACGUAGAAAUAAGUUUAUUUGGUAAGGAUUGAUUUAACUAGUGUUGGCUCUGAUUAGAGAGCAGCUAACUGUGAAUCAACUAUACUUGUUAUGCAUAGUUUGUUGGUCCCAAGAUUAAUUGCUUUAUUCUUUCUGUAUUAUGCCUGCAUCUAUGUUGUAACAGGGCAGUGA